AUGUCGUCUCGCGCGAUGAAAAAUCGCCGCGUUGCGAGCUAUAGAUUUUCCUACUCGAGUGACGAGGAUGAUGAAGAUGGAGGAGAAUGGAAGAAGCAAUCUUCAUCUUCUUCUUCAUCUGAUGACGAAACAUGGAAGCGUAAAAGUAGAAAGAAAAAUUCCGAUUUCACAUGGGGUGAAAAGCCAAAGCAAACUAGAACAGACAAAUCCAAAGGCAUCCCUCUUGGUUUAAUGGCCUAUAAUCCCCCAGCAAAAUUUGUUACUGACUUUUCACCCGAUGAUUUAACACAUUGCCCAGGAGGCGAUCCAUGCGAAUUCAUCGAAUUUGAAAAGCUUAAAGAUAUUGUUUUGAGACCAGAGGAGUACAUCAAAAGCAAUCAUAGAGGUGUAAACACCUUCCUUACCGAUUUCAAACCUGACGACCCAGACAAACUUAAAUAUUUCGGAUACGAAGCAGAACUAGUUAAAACAGAUCUUAAUGAAAUUCGUUCACUUACAGAUGAGCAGCUUGAUGAAGAAAUCGAGAAAAUUGAAAAGGAAAUUAAGAAAUACGGAGUUAAGGGCGACUGCACAUGCACUGUAAUACCAGCAUUUGAUGAAACUAUCAAGCAUUCCGCUUCAAUUAACUGCGAUGUUCGUACAUUUCCGUUUGAUAAACUUGGUGAAAUCACCCAAUUCGAUGUUAUUACAAUGGAUCCCCCGUGGCUCAUUGCUCAGGCUGGAAUCACGCGUGGUGUCGCAAUUAACUACGAUCAGCUUUCAACUGAUAUUAUUGGCCAAAUACCAUUGCAAAAGAUUCAGAAGAAUGGCUACAUUUUUGUUUGGGUUAUUGCAUCACAAUUGGAAAAUGGUAUCCAGCUUCUUCAGAACUGGGGAUACGAGUUCCUGACCUAUCUGAAUUGGGUAAAAAUCUCCAAGUAUGGAAGAUACAUGCCAUCACACGGUUACUAUUUGCAGCAUAACAAAGAAACGGUGCUUAUUGGCCAUAAAGGAAAAGAUCCAGAGAACAUGCGACCUAAUAAGUUUAACGACCUUAUUAUCCAGCAACGUUCUCUUCGUCAAAGCCAUAAGCCAAUUGAAAUAUACGAGCUUAUCGAAAGAGUAUUUCCAAAUUCAAUGUAUUGUGAAAUAUUUGCUCGUCCUCAUAACCUUCGCCAAGGAUGGGUAUCCGUUGGUCUUGAACUUCCAAAUUAA